AUGCCUUCGACGCUGAACCUGCUGCACAACGGCUUCAGCAGACGCAGCUGGAUCCGCAUGGGCGCCGACUGGUACAAGGGGUCUGGCCGAGUGAAGCACGAGGCUCAUGAGGUGCGCAGUGGUCCGUUCCAGACCAUCGUUAUCGACUCGCGACAGGCGUGUCCCGGGCGGUUUUUCGCCGCAGCCACGAUAAAAGUCAUCGUGAUGCGUUUGUUAGAGGAGUUUGAUCUGAAGCUGGUGGAUGAGAAGGCGGGGAGACCCAAGAAUAGGAUUAAAGGCGCGAUGAGCUUCCCUAGCGAGACGGCUGAAAUUAUGUUUAGAAGGAGGCAGUAG